AUGGGCUUGGCUCCGCAGCUGCCGCCGCAUGCAGUGGUGGCGGGAGCCGGUGGCGGCUUCGAUGCAGCGGCGGCAGGUGAUGACCCACGGGUCAUGGCCCGCAUGGAGGCGGAAGCUCGAAAGGAAGCGUACCGAAGGGAGCUGGAGGAGCAGAUCCGGGCUAAGAAACAGGCUAAGGAGGCGGAGGUGCGGCGGCGGCAGGCAGAGGAUGCGGCGUGGGAGGCGCGGGCGGCGGCGGCGCCGCAGCCUUGGGAUCCUGAGGCGCGUGCGGCGCGGCGCGGCGGCGGCGGCGAGCCCCUGCGGGAUGAGUACGGCAGGCCGGUGGCCAACCUCCGCCGGCGUGGCGGCGGCGCCGGCGGCGGUGGUGGAGCCGCCGGCAUGGGCGGCAUUCCCCCCCUGCCGUUCAACGGCGAGGGCGCGGGGGCCCCACAUCCCAGCCACGGCCACGUCCCGAUGCCGCCACUGGGCAUGGGGCCCCCUCUCAUGUCACCGCCGGGGUUGCCGAUGCCACUGCCUCCACACCACCUUUCGCUCAACGGGGUCGGACCCAGCGGUGAUGGCGCCGGUGGCUUUGGGGGGCCUUAUGACGGUCUUCCUUCUAGUGCGGGCGGUGCGCCUCCGUUGUUUUCUCCCAGCAGCAAUGGCAACAUCCCGCCUGUCAGCCCGGGCAACCGGCGUUUCAUGGCGGCCAUGAACGACCUGAUAGCGGGGCCGUCUGACGAGCAGCGGCGUCAGAAAGAGAUGGCGAGACAGCGGUUACAGAUGGACCUGGGGGAGCAGAUUCGGGAGAAGAGGGAGCGGCAGGCGCGCGAGCGUGCUGAGCUGGAGCGCCAGCGUCUCAAGGAGGAGGCCGAGUUGAAGGUACGGCACAGUACGGCCUUCCAGGACAACCUGGCCGCUCAGCGCCAAACAGAGCUGCACCGGCAGGCGGGGGCCGAGGGGCCGCAGCCGCCGCCGCCGCCACUGUCUCCGCCGCCUCAACACCCUUCCCAGUACCCGCAGCGGCAGCAGCUGCUGCAACGGCGGGAGAGCUCUGGCGGCGGCGCCGGCGGCGGCGGCGGCGCCAUGAUGGACGGCGGCAGGCCACCGUUGCCGCCUCGGCGGCACGGCAAGGGCGGCAAAAUCAUCGACGCGUCGUGGUUAGAUGCGCCGCCACCGCCGCCGCCGCCGUUGUCGUCGUCGCCACCGUCAGCGGGUCCGAUUUCCCCUCAUGCAGGUGCCAUGUUUGGUCGGCGUGCGAGUGCCGGACUGGCGGAUGAUGAGCUGACGUUCGGCGGGGGGCCUGCUGGCCAGGCAGGAGGGGGAGGGGGAGGAGGAGGAGGGGGGGGGCCUCUAUCCCCCGGUGGAGGCGGCAUCAUCAAGGGGCCCGGCGGGGCCCCCUCGGCGUCCCGGGCUGCCGGGAACAUGACGACGUUGCUGCAGCAGCUGCAGGAGGAGCAGUCCCGCAUGCGGGAGGAUUUCGCCCGUCAGGCGGCGGCCAUGGAGAAGCUGGCGAACGAUGCGAGCAGGGCCCUCGCCGACAGGGAUGAAGCAUGGCAGGAGCUGCAAAAAUCGUUCGGCAUCGGCACUGUCAUCGUGGACACGCAUCUGGUCCCCAAGACGACGAAUUCAAUUCCGGAUCCGUUACCGAAACCGUUGGUUUCGGAGGUUUUGCGGCGGGGUCGUACAGACCCUGGGCGAUUGCCGUCAUCGGGGGGAGAUGAGCGCGGCGGCGGCGGGAUGGCGGGUUUUGGCGGGCCCCCUCGCAUCCAAUCCGUGUACGGCUACGGUUUCGAUUCCUCGCCGCCUAAGAGCCGCUACAACAGCUUCUUUGGGCUGGAACAUGGAGACCCGCCCGGCGGAGCCCGUGGCGGCGGCGGCGGCGGGGGGCCCCUGCCGUUGCUGGGCCCUCGUAAGCCGCCGCCGCUAAAGCCGCCGCCGUCACCGGCCAUCCUGCGCGGCGACCACCUGCCGAGUCCUGUAAAGCAAACACGCGGCGGCGGCGGCGGCGGCGGAGGGGUGCAAUCCGGAGGAGCCAGGGCCCGCAGCGGACGGCCUCCGGCCGCCGCUGGCGGCGGUGGCGGCGGCUCCGCUGCCUCCGCGGCGGCGGAGCGGCCCCUUCGCGGCCGUGCGGCCUCCGCGGCUCCACUGCAGUCGCAGGGGAGGUCGCCGCCGGAGCUGCCGCCCGUGCUGCGACCUCCAGUGGCGGCGGCCGCAUCCGGUACGGCAGCGGUUGCGGCGGCGGCGGCGGCUGCGGCGGCGGGGCCGUCCAAGGGGCGUCAGAUGUCCAGACAUAGCUUGGAGGGUAUGCAAAGAGUGUUGGAGCGCGGGCACGAGGAGAUGUUGCUCCGGGGGCUGGGCAGCGACGACGGAAGCGGCAGUACGGGUACGACAGUGGAGUACGUAGCGGAGGAGGCACCGGCGUCAACGCGAUCGGUUGUACGGAACCCUCGGUCUAGGGAGCCCUCUCUGCCUGGGCACACAGAAAUGAUGUCGCCUGGGGCGGCGGCCAACUACCUGGGUGGCGGUGCCGCCGCCGCCGCCAGCGGGGGCAUUGAGGGUAAGGGCCCAAGGCGGUCCUUCUACUCGGAUAGUAUGGCGUCGUACAAACUGCUUUUGGCGUCCCAUUCUGCGCUGGCGGCGCCGACAGAGACGGCUGCAGGCGCUAUCGCGUCCAGCGGCGGUGACGGCCCUUCCAGCGGAAUGCCUGAUCGCCGUACAAGUUCGACGCAUGCCGGGGACCUGGGCGUUGCAGCGGAACAAGGCAGGGGAGUACGGCAUAGCGGCGGUACCGGCGCCGUGGCGGCCGGCGCCGCUGGCGGCAGCAGCGGCGGCGGGGCGCCAGCCGCAGGGGUAGCGCGGGCCGACAGCGCCAUUAGCGCUGUGAGCGCCGCCACCACCGGCUCGUACACCGUCGUCACCCCCGCCGGCGCCUCCUCUCCCUCCCCCGCGCCGGAGAUGCCGCUGCAGCGGCCAGUGCGGGCAGGGCGCCGCCCCAGCACCCGGCACCGUGUGCCGUCGGCGGCAUCGGCGGACGGGACUAGUCCUGCCGCUGCUGACGGCGACGGCGGCGCCGUCGCCGCAAUGGCAGCCGCCGCGGCGGCGGACGACUAG